GUGCUGCUGUGUUGGUAAACGGAUGUGCUGUGCAUGCGCGCAUCAGCGGCGACAUGGGCAUGGCGACUUCUCCAUGGAUGGCGGCAGCAGAGUUGGAAAUGGUUGGGUGUUUCUCCAGUGCGAUAGUCAUGCGAUAGCCGAGAAUCGAGAGGCAACGGCUUGUCCAGUUUAGGAGUUGUGUGCACUGGAUCUUGAGUUUCUCCCAAGUUUCAGAAAUGGCUUGGGAACGGUCGGGAAACCUCCUGUGAGUGAGGGCCAUGCUCCUCAUCACUGUGUGUUUGCGAGGCUAGCAAGGGGUCGGAUGGAUGCGGUCAUAAAGGUUGUGACAGCAGAAGUAAACAUCACCUGAAAUGUACGGAAAGGUUGUGAUGGAAAUAACCUGAGGUGUGUAUAGUUCUGUGAGGCCUUGUCCCACGCUGCAAAGCGAUGGCUGUGUGCUGUCCUUUCAUUUCUCACAUGAAGCACAUGUCAUUUCUCACGUGAAGCGCAUGUAUCUUUGCAUUGCAGAAUUGGUGGUGCAAGCGUUUCGGUUGAAACCUUGGAUUUCAGUGUUUUGGCUUGACCUGGUGGCCGUCUUGCGAGAUUGAUUUGUGCUGUUGGGGCCUCUCCGAGGAUGGCUCACUCUUGUCCUGCCUUUUCCAUCACUCACCUGAUGUGGCGCAUGCAUGACAGGCUACGUCAUCAGGCUUGCAUCUCCUGUCACUAGACGAAUACAGUGGCGACUUGCCCCUUUGACUGGGUGGUUGUAGGGCAUGAAAUAGAGGAGACCGCUUAUGGUUGUCGCAUUUCUCUGAAUGCCGCCCCUUUUGUAGAUGCUGGGGUGUUUGUUAAAUGGUGUGUGGAACAGAUGCACAAGGUUCACGGUUGACUUGAUUGGCAGGCGGGACGCAAAGAGACGAGGCUGUGAAGGGUGUUGUCGUCGCGGAGAUGAAGCUUGAGUAGGUUGAGUAGGGUGGGGAGGGCGAACAUCCUCUUGCAGAAACGUGAGUGUCGAAUGCGGGAGAAGAGGCUGUGAAAGCGGUUGUUGUGGCAGAGUUGAAGCUUGCGCAAACCGCUACAGUAGUACGUCGGAGCCUCUUUUGUUCGAGGCGGAUUCCCACUGCCUGCUAAGUUUUGCCGAAACGCCAGCGCAACGUUUUGUUCUAGUUUUGGCUGGUGCCGCCAGUCAUUUUGGUCCGGUUGCCCCGAGCCUCCAUUUUUUUCGGAGUGAAUCAGUCGUAACUCUCAAGUUGGCUGGGGCUGUAUACUGGUGGUUUAAGUAGGGCGGAGGGCAAACAUCCCCGCACACAAGGAGAAAAGAGGCUGCGAGGGGGAGGCUCAUCGUGGCGGAGGUGAGGCUUAGGGGGGGGGGAGGGGGCGUUAAACAUCCUCUCGCAGAAGCAUCUGGUGGCAGUUUGCCUGGCUCUCUGCAGUUCUGGCUCACUGAGGAAAACGAGGCUGUGAGGAGGAGGCUCAUCGUGGCGGAGGUGAAGCUUAGGUUAGUGUAGAGGGGGCAGAAGCAUCUGGUGACAGUUUGCCUGGCUCUCUGCAGUUUUGGCUCGCUAAGGAAUCUUCGCUGUACCACAGCUGUCUGUUGUUGCAUGAAAUUGUGGGUGUCGUACGUUUGUGGAAAAAAAGUCGCUGGUUUCGUAGUCUGUCUUGGGAAAUGGUUUCUCGACUUGCAGCUGAUUUCUGUUCUGUUUUUUUUUUUUAAUCUUAUAUCUCUCUGAGUAGACAGCUACAUUCCGGUAAGGGGAAUGCGCGUGUGGGUCUUGCACAGCUAUGAUGGGCAUUCGCAAUUCAGUACAGGAUAAAGCUGAUAAGCUUGCGAGAAACGAAGCUCGCUUAACCUCGUCCAGGCAAGUUGGGUCCUUCCACCCUGGGGAUGUGAUAAACAAUUUUUGGAUGCGAUGUGGCCUAUAUAUGAGGUGUGGACUGUUUCAAUCAAAACAGGUUGGUGAG